AUGGCAUCGGUCGAGGUACCCGCCCGUCACAAGGCCAUUGUAUACGACAACCCGGGAACUGUUUCGGCAAAGAUUGAGGAGAUUGACACUCCCAAACCUGGAGUUGGCGAGGUUCUGCUCAACAUAACACACUCUGGAGUAUGCCAUUCGGACUAUGGAGUCAUGACUAAUGCGUGGUCAACUCUCCCUUUCCCUACCCAAAAAGGCCAGGUUGGCGGCCAUGAAGGAGUCGGCAAAAUCGUUGCUCUGGGAUCCGGCACCGAGGGCUCUGGACUCAAGAUCGGUGACCGGGUCGGAAUCAAGUGGGUGGCGGGCGUCUGCGGGAAUUGUAUUCCAUGCUUGGACGGUGCCGAUGCCAACUGCACCUCUGUCAAGAUAUCGGGAUACUACACGCCUGGAACAUUCCAACAGUAUGCCCUCGCCCCGGCCAACUACGUUACACCAGUCCCCGACAGCCUUCCCAGUGACAUUGCCGCGCCGAUGAUGUGUGGCGGGGUGACUGUCUUCAGUGCUCUCAGCAAGAGCGGCGCCAAACCGGGCGACUGGGUGGUCAUUCCGGGGUCUGGAGGUGGGUUGGGCCAUCUCGCUCUUCAGAUCGGGGCCAGAGGCAUGGGCUUUCGCAUGAUCGGGAUAGAUAUGGGGGAGAAAGAACAGCUAUCCAGAGAUUGUGGAGCUGAGGUGUUCCUGGACCUGUCAAAUUACAGCCGGGACGACGACGGCACCAACAAAUUAGUUGAGGAUGUGAAGGCAGCAACAGGAGGCUUCGGUGCAGCUGCGGUGGUGAUCUGCACGGCCAGCAACGCUGCGUAUGCUCAAGGGUUGAAGUUCCUGAGGUUCAGAGGAACGUUGGUGUGUGUGGGUGUCCCUGAAGGCGAUCCAGUGCCCAUCGCCACGGCCAAUCCGGGAGUGAUUUUGACCCAUGAACUGCGCAUCGUCGGCAGCGCCGUUGGAAACAGAAAGGACGCCAUUGAUACAUUGGCCAUGGCUGCCCGGGGUAUUGUGAAGACACACGUUGAGAUCCAACCCAUGAGUAAGCUCAUCGAGGUUUUCGAGAGAAUGGAAAAGGGCAAACUACAGGGCAGAGUUGUUCUUGACCUCAGUGGAUAA